CCUAACUUUAGUGUAAACAUCGGUCAGCAGUUGACGUUAAAGGAAUUUGUUAAUUGCAUUUAUUAGCUACUUUACUGAUAUCAUGCAGAGAGAAGAAAGAGCUCUGGAUACAGCACUUGAUGUCAUUCUCAAUCGUGUGAUAGAGAUCAAGAGCUCCUUGCAGGAACUGAUGCUCAAAAUUGAGAGGGAAGGAGAGCAGGCAGACUGGCCUUCCUACCUGGAUGCCUUUUCUGUUAUCUCUGCUCAGAAACAAAUCAAUGUCCACAACAAGGUAGUAAAACAUGUUAUGGACCUUGUGAACACUGCGCGGGAAGAAUGGGAAACUGAAACUGCAUCACGCACGAAUCAGCCUCAGACGUGCUCUAACAGUGAGACUGAGGUACUUCUUGCUGCUCUUGGCACAGGAAAAGGUAUAAAAAUGAUGCCAGGAAGAGCCCCUCCUCCAGGACCAUCACCAACAAUGCCUCAGCAACCUCCUCCUCAGAUGCCAAAUACAAGCAAGGCUGUUAGUUCAGUGAAAACUAACAUCAAGGCUGCGUCUGCUAUGAAUCCAUAUGGUCGAUGAAAAUAAGCAAAAUCUUUUCUUGAAAACGUCUUCCUAUUUUAUUCAGAAAGUUCUUCAGUGAUAGUUGUAUUCCUGGAGAGAAUAAAGCAUUCUUUGAAAUAAUAUAACAAUAUCUUUGUGCAAGAC